UACCUGGGCGCCGCGUCUGCCGGAAGCCGGCGUCGGCAGCCACACGCAGGAUGGCAAAACAGAAGAGAAAAGAUAGCCAAGUGACAGAGAAAAAGAACAAAAAACUGAAGAAGGCGGCAGCAAGAGAGAUGCCUCUGGCACCUGCGGCCCCGCCGGGCACUGAGGGGGCCCCAGCCGAGGGAGCCGCGUCCCCGGAGGAGCAGCGGGUCCUGGAGAGGAAGCUGAAGAAGGAGCGGAAGAAAGAGGCCCGGAGGCGGCUGCAGGAAGCGGGCGUCUCCGUGGACCAGAGCCCGGCAGCCAGGCGCUCGGGGGCCGCGCUGGCCUUGGACUACCUGUGCAGCUGGGCCCAGCAGCACAAGAACUGGAGGUUUCAGAAGACGAGGCAGACCUGGCUGCUGCUGCAUAUGUAUGACCGUGACCAGGUCCCCGACGAGCACUUCUCCACCCUGCUGGCCUACCUGGAGGGGCUCAGGGGCCGGGCCCGCGAGCUGACGGUGCAGAAGGCGGAGGUGCUGAUGCGGGAGCUGGACGAAGCGGGUGCCGACGCCGGCGCCCCGCUGCCGGGGAGGACCCAGCGCGUCCGGCAGGUGCUGCAGCUGCUCUCCUAGCAGGCGGCUUGGGGGUGGGGGGGCGUGGGGUCCCUGCUCCUCCUGGCCCCUGACCCUGGGAGGGACCACUUCUCUCUCCUGAUUCCUUGGCCAGAAAUUGUUUAUAGGGGAUGACAGUUUUAACCCCUUCACAGCAGAACGCAGUCACUCUGAAAUAAGCUGGCCUCCCAGUGGCCCUCAGGCCCCCAAGGAAGUUGCUUAUUGAGGGAAAUGCCUGUUUUUGUCCCAGGGGUGCCUUAGAGGUCACCAGAGCUGGCCCUCCCCGCCAGCUGUGGUCCAUCCGUGUGGGGGCUUGGGCCCCCCCAUGGCUCUGGCGGUCCCUCGGUGCCGGCCGCCUGGCACCUGCCUGCGUUCACCUAGGGGCCUGGGCUGUGGCUUAUCCAUCUCGCCUCCCUCCUCAGGCAGGCCACGGCUCCGCUGGCCACUUACAGGGAAAACCGGGGUGCAUUUCCAAUAAAAACUGGCCUCUGGA